UUAAACAUGGAUCCCAGUCACAGUUCAUCGAAAAAGUUUUUCUUUGAGAAAUUAGACAAGUAUUUGUCAUGUAUUUUUCAAUACUUUUGUCCGUUUCUGCACCGUUUGGUGUUCUCAGAAUACGAAAAAUAUAAAAUACCCAAAAUUAUAUUAUCGUUUAUCGCAGGGUUUGCAUUGGGGCAGAUGUAUUUUUUCUAUCUCUUUAAAGACAUAUCUUCACUAUCUGACUAUGUGCAUUAUAUAAGUUUGUUUAUUAGUGUACUUCUAGGUGUAAGUAAUGCUGUUUUAAUACAAGUUCGUUGUAUACUAUGUCUCCUUCUGCCGAUGUAUUGCGGGAAAUCCGGAAGAGGAGUUUUAAAGGCGGUUGUCCUUUCCUACGUUGUUGCUGGACCAAUAAGAAACAUGGGACUCAAUGCCAAAGAAGUCGUUCGAGUGUUUGCUUGCAGCAAGGAACUAUCGUUUAAUCUAUCCAAAAUCAGACACAAUCAAUUAUAUAGACCUCUUAACAGAGCUCUUCUCAGCUUUAAAAAGGAAAUUGAAGAUAUAAAAGAUGCAAUGAGUUCCAUCCGCGAAGUCGUAUUUCCAAUAGAAUACGAAAUUGAAGGCAUGGCGUAUUUAGACUUAAUGGAAGCAGACGUGAAAUUUACGAACGCAUUAUUUAAUUAUAGUAGCCACGUAAAUAACUCGAGAACAUCAUAUACAAUUAUAAAUGAAAGUGAAAGUAAAAGGAAUCAAGAUAAAUAUGUUAAGAAAAUGUAUUAUCGCUGUGAGAAUCAAUUGUCACAUGCGAUAUCGAUGUGCCUUAAAAUGUUUUCUUCAGUACGUGAUGCAUGUCUGGAAAGUUUGCCACAAUCAACAGUUAUGGUUUGUUGGUCACUAAUGUUACCUCGGGCAUGCGAUUUGAAGCAGCGUCUUGGUGAUUUGUGUAAUGCUAAAAGAGAAAUAGACCCCGGUUUGGGAGAAGGUUACACUCACCUCAAAAAAGCUGAAGGGUAUUUAAAUCACGAUUUACAAAAUAUUCAUUUGCAAACCAAAGUCACUUAUAUUCGAGAUCUCUGUGACAUUCAGGAUGCGAAAGAAACCGGCGAUCGUGUGCUUCAUGCGUUUAAAGAAAAGUACGUCGCAAUAGAAUCCCUAAUAAUUAUUGUAAACUUUUGCCUCGCACUUUUGUUCUUACGAAUUUUGAUCGCUGCUUACUCUUACCACGAGCUCUACCUCACUGCAAUAGACUUCGACAACGUCUAUAUAACCAGUUACUUUAAAAAAAUCGAUAAGAAGAGGGAAAAGAAAGAGGAAUUAUAUCUUUUACCUUUAAACAAGAUGGAAAGAAACAGAUAUAUAGAUGCUUAUUCAACUUCAUAUCUACAAGAAGAAAGAAGUAAACUUCUAACUCAAAUCCUAAAAGUCAUGCUGGAAGCCAUAACCGCAACGACUUUCGUUAUGCUUGACAGAUUGUUUUUUGAGGCAAUGGACGUUGUGAGACAACACGCCAUGGAAAAAUACUUAAUCAAUGUGGAAGACAUUCAAAUCAAGAUUAAAGGGACGGGUAUUUUGUCAAACAUGAUGAAAAAAAUUCUAGACGAAAUAGGCUUAAUAAAAAACAUACAAAUGACGUCUAAGGACAUUUGUAUUCCUCAUCCUCGUUCGAUGCCUCCAAUUUAUUACGUCAAAAUAUAUGCAGGCUACCUUUGGAUCCUACUUUUAUUGUACAUAAAUCCUUACACACUAAGGCUACGUCGACUAAUAUGCGGUUACUUUUACCCAGAAAGAGAAAGGAGACGUAUUUUGCAUCUUUAUAAUGAUAUAUUAAAGAAGCGUACGAAAAUUCAAAAAACGCUUCGGAGGAAAGCUGUCCAGACGGUGCGGGCUCAUUACUUAUCGGGAGAAAACCUCCUAAGCUUGAGAAUCAGGUAUCCUAAUCUGCUAGGAUGGCUCGUGGUUUUCCCUGCAGCUAGAAUGAAGUGCUUAAUUUGUGAGGAAACCCAACCUAGGAGUUGUGAAGUUAAAUCUCAGUGGCAAAAGUGCAACAACCCUCUUUGUCCGUUCGUCCUUUGUGGUGAAUGUACUGCGGAUGCGGGUGGUUGCUUGGCCUGCGACCCCGCUCUCGCAUUGCUCAGCGAUAUUGAUUCGCUCAGCGACGAACCCCCAAGAAGGUAUUGAUCGUGUUUAACAGUCGAGCAUCAGUUUAUUAGGGCAUGACAGUUAGGUUUCCCUUUGUGUGACAUGUUGAACUUGCGAAUGUUAUGGCUAUAUAGAUGCCGAACUUAAUUUUGUUUAGAAAUCAGAAACUUAAAUAAAUUUUAAUCACAAUCACUACACAAAAUUUUGCUUCGUUUAAUGAUUCAUAGUUGUAAAGCUGAGAAAUAAACGAUUGCUUAUA